GAAGCGGGCGGCGGCGGCGGCGCCCCGGCGGGGUGAGAGGCGCCGGGGUGAUGCUGGGCGCUCGCCGCUGCUCCCGCUCCCGCUUCUCCUUCUGACACGGCAGCCCCUCGCGCAGCCCGCACUCCGCACCCGCCGCGGUAAUAAUGCAUUAGAAUGUCAGCGCUGAAAAAGGUUCUGCCUGGCAUACUGCAGAAGCAUUGCUGUAUCUUACCUGACAGGAACACCGAGUCACAGUGUACACUCUGUGGGGAGCCUGAAGAUUUGGAUUCUCUAACAGGGCAUGCAUUUCCAGAAGAAGAGGGUGGCGAUCUGCUCAAGUCUGGCUUCAGUUUUCCAGGGACGCCAGAGGAAGAGCUAGACCAGCAAUACUCAUGGUCGCCUUCUCAGCACUUCAAUGAAGAAAGAUACUCUCCCGCUCCGAGGAAUAUGAAAGGAUUAUCUGGCAGUCGCAACCAACCACAGUUAUGUUCAGCUCAUACUUGUGGCUUAGCGUCCCCUGAAGAUUGUGAGCACACCCACGACCAUAUCCACCAUGGGCAGGAGCCAAGGCAAUCGUAUCUUCUCAGCCCCACGGAGAGUUGCCCGAUGGACCAUCAUCGUUGCUCGCCGCGCAGCUCCAUUCAUUCCGAGUGCAUGAUGAUGCCCGUGGUAAUAGGCGAUCACAUGUCGAGCAGCACCUUCCCCAGAAUGCACUACAGCUCGCAUUACGACUCCAGAGACGACUGCACCAUGGCGCACGGCAACCCCAAGAUUAACCGCAUCCCUGCAAACCUCUUGGACCAGUUUGAGAAGCAGCUUCCUCUUCACCGAGACGGGUUUCACACUUUGCAGUACCAGAGGACCUCAACGGCUGCGGAACAGCGCAGCGAGAGCCCGGGAAGAAUCCGCCAUCUCGUUCACUCUGUCCAGAAACUUUUUACUAAGUCUCAUUCUCUGGAAGGAUCAUCCAAGGGCAACGUUAAUGGAACAAAGGGAGAUAGUCGAGGAGAUGACCAUCAUCAUGGGCACCAUUCCAAGCAUAGCAAAAGGAGUAAAAGUAAGGAGCGAAAACCAGAAAGCAAACAUAAAUCUGGAAUGAGCAGCUGGUGGAGCUCUGAUGAUAAUUUGGACAGUGAUAGCACUUACCGAACCCCUAGUGUGGUAAAUAGGCACCAUGCAGAUCAUAUAUCCCAUUGCUACCCUGAGGCACUUCAGGGGCACUUUGGGGAUCUUUCAUUGAAGACUUCUAAAAGUAACAAUGAUGUGAAGUGUUCAGCUUGUGAAGGGCUAGCAAUGACCCCUGAUGGUAAAUAUAUGAAAAGGAGUUCUUGGUCCACGCUUACAGUAAGUCAGGCUAAAGAAGCUUAUCGCAAAUCAUCACUGAACUUAGAUAAGCCUCUGGUUCAUCAGGAAAUCAAACCUUCCUUGAGGCCAUGCCAUUACCUUCAGGUACCUCAGGAUGAAUGGGGAGGAUACCCAGCUGGUGGGAAAGAUGAAGAGAUCCCCUGCAGAAGAAUGAGAAGUGGGAGCUAUAUUAAGGCCAUGGGAGAUGAAGAAAGUGGAGACUCUGAUACUAGCCCCAAGACAUCACCAAAAUUAACAGUUCGGCCAGAGUCAUUAUUGAAAUCCAUGGGACAAAGACCACUGGGAGACCAUCAAAAUCAGAGCUACCUUCAGACUGCAAGUGACGUGCCUGGGGGUCACAACCUGGAUCCCUCUGCAAACUACAAUUCCCCAAAGUUUCGCUCAAGGAAUCAGAGCUAUAUGAGAGCAGUGAGCACACUCAGUCAGGCCAGCUGCGUUAGUCAGAUGAGUGAAGCAGAGGUUAAUGGGCAGUUUGAAUCGGUGUGUGAAUCAGUGUUUAGUGAAGUUGAAGCUCAGGCAAUGGAUGCCCUUGACCUCCCUGGAUGUUUCCGAACAAGAAGCCACAGUUACUUGCGUGCCAUUCAGGCAGGCUAUUCCCAAGAUGAUGAAUGUAUACCUGCGAUGGCAUCUUCCAACAUCACCUCAACUAUCAGGUCAACCACAGCUGUAACUUACACAAGUUACAAAAAAACACCUCCACCGGUACCCCCUCGUACCACCUCCAAGCCACUGAUCUCAGUCACGGCACAGAGCAGCACAGAAUCCACCCAGGAUGCAUAUCAUGACAGCCGGACUCAGAGGAUUUCCCCGUGGCCUCAGGAUGGACGAGGGAUGUACAACUCCACCGACAGCUUGGACAGCAACAAGGCCAUGAAUCUUGCCUUGGAAACGGCAGCUGCACAGCGCCAUGCACCUGAGAGCCAGAGCAGCUCCAUACGAACCAGUGACAAGGCCAUUUUAGUGUCAAAAGCAGAGGAGUUCCUUAAGAGCCGGCGUUCCUCCAUAGGGAUCCAGGUGGAAACAGCAACUGAUUCUGAUACAGAAAGCAGAGGCCUACGGGAAUACCACUCUGUUGGAGUACAAGUGGAAGAUGAAAAAAGACACGGACGAUUCAAGCGCUCCAACAGCGUCACAGCAGCAGUCCAGGCUGACCUGGAACUGGAGGGCUUUCCAGGACACAUCACCAUGGAGGAUAAGGGACUUCAAUUUGGCUCGUCAUUCCAGCAGCACUCAGAGCCCAGCACACCCACCCAAUACAGUGCAGUGAGAACUGUACGGACACAGGGACUGUUCAGUUACAGAGAAGAUUAUAGGGCCCCAGUGGACACCUCAAACCUUCCACCACCAGAACCCUGGCUAGAGCCUGCCAUUGAGACAGUAGAGACUGGUCGAAUGUCUCCUUGUCGACGAGAUGGAUCUUGGUUCAUGAAGUUGCUACAUACUGAAACUAAGAGAAUGGAAGGAUGGUGUAAAGAAAUGGAAAGAGAAGCAGAAGAAAAUGAUCUUUCUGAAGAAAUCCUAGGUAAGAUCCGAAGUGCUGUGGGAAGUGCUCAGCUCCUCAUGUCUCAGAAAUUCCAGCAGUUCUACUGGCUUUGCCAGCAAAAUCUGGACCCGAGUGCCAUGCCAAGACCAACUUCCCAGGACCUAGCAGGUUUCUGGGACUUACUGCAGCUCUCAAUUGAGGAUGUCAGCAUGAAGUUUGAUGAACUGCACCAGCUGAAGCUCAAUGAAUGGAAAAUAAUAGAAUCACCUGAAAGGAAGCCAACUGGUUGGUGGAUGGAAGAAAGAAAGAUUCCUCCUCCUGUACCAAAGAAGCCCCCAAAAGGAAAGUUUCCUAUCACAAGAGAAAAAUCUCUGGACCUACCCGACAGACAGCGACAAGAGGCCAGAAGACGGCUAAUGGCUGCUAAAAGAGCAGCCUCUUUCCGGCAGAAUUCAGCCACAGAGCGUGCAGACAGCAUCGAGAUCUAUAUCCCAGAGGCUCAAACCCGGCUUUAAAGACAGAAUGCUGCAGAGUUCCUUUUUUAAACAAAAUGCUUGUACAGAUGUCACUUACCUAGUAAUUUUUGUCUCAUUCUCUCCACUAAAUAUGCCCUUGCUGUUGUGUUCUUUGUGCCAUAAGCACAGUGGAAUGCUUUUGAUUUCCUCAGAAUUUGCUGAGCUCACUGCAAGAACGACUUCUUUUUGUAUUUAUUGUCUGACUUACAAUCAGCUACAAUGGAUAGGGCUUGUCAAGACCUGACUUAUCCAAUAUAUUCUCAGAGGACAACAAGAAACACCUCUUGAGAUGGAACCCAGCUUACUUUUUUGUUAUUUCUAUUUUUAUAAAAUGUGUGAUAAUUAGGAAUAAGAAUAACAAACUAUAAAUGGGUGCAUCUCACCAUUCACUAGAGGCAUUAGCUAAUCCAAGUAGAAGGUGCUACAAAUGUAAAGAGCAGGAAAGAAAGAAUCCAUUUAUCUCUCUGACCUCCAGUUUCUUUUCCUAGAACCCAGCUAACAUAUUUACCCAUGUGCUCUGCCACUCUUCUCAUCUGUAUUACUGCAAAAUAACACUAGGCCUCUCGUGUCAUGUCAAGUUUCUGGAGAUGAACAGGGAUGUCCAGCCACUAAAACUCCAAAGUUCAUCAGAAACCAAGAAGCGUACAAGUCUGGUGGUGGUGGUGGGAAUGCCCACUGAGAGACGUUUGCUGUUAGCAGUAUAAUGACGCUCUGAAACCUAAGCAAAAUUAGAAUGCAAGAGGACUUGAGUGAUGGGUGAAAGGAAAACGGAAGCCUUAAAAAGUUAGAUCUUCUGUAGCAAGAUGUGUAAAGAAAAAGUUAUACUUGCUCCUUUGGAACGCUCAUUGCAUUUUUAACAGUUCUUUUACAUGUUAACGUUUCUUUUACAGACCUUCUCUCUUUCAUUUCAAGAGCUGUGCUACAUGUGCUAUUUCAGAAUCUCAAAAUGUUAUAUCGGUUGAGUUUCCAGGGUAUCCUUGAGGAAAAAAAAAAAAAAAAAGACAAAAAAAUCUUGCCUGUUUAAAAUUCCAGUUGUGAUGUUGUAAACAGUUUCAGAAAUAUGAAUGUGAGUGGUAAGUAUAUCUAAGUUUAAAUGGUUAUGUUAAGGUAAAGGUGAACUGUGGUUUACAGUUGUAUUUUUUUCAGAACUAUUUUUCUAUGCAGUAUCAUUCAUGGCAAGAAUAGGCUUCUUGCUUGCUUCAGACACAACAAAACACAUGACUCAAGAGAUAAGUGGUUAAGUGAUUUCCAGCCAUGGAAUAUAAGGAAGAUAAUAUACUUUCAAGCCUCACGUUGUCAGAAAGGAAAACUGGUAACUGCCACAGUCAAGAGGCUUUAAUUUAAAACAAAACAGAAUUAUUCCACUUCACCUGCUUUCUAAACCAACCAUCCUAGCACUUACUAGUCUUCAGGUGAAGAUGCAAUAAGAUGAGUAACCCUCAGCCCCCGAUUCCAAGCUUUGAAUCCUACCGAACACUACUUUAGGUCAAAAUCAGUCUGAAUCCAGCAAAACAGACAUCCCCAACUACCACAUCCCUUGUUUACCUGCUUUAACAAAUGCAAUGUAAUUAGCCAUAGGCAGAACAGCUAUUUAAUUAUACUCAAGCACUUUGGUUCUUCACCUGAUGAGCACUUUAAAUCCAAAUCCCAUACACCCUGCAGCCUGAUGAAUGACUGAAAACAUUAAGUGUCAUAGGUUAUGCAGAUCUGACAUUGCUUCAAAUCUGUUUUGAGUUUUGGUUUGGUUUGUUUUGCUUUUUCCUUCUCUUUUUCCUACAGUGUGUAGUAUUAAGCAUGGUUUCUGUCUUUGGAGCACAGCUGAUACAGCAUGUUGAGCUUCAAGAUACGAAAAUCUUUAGAGAGGAAGUUUUAAGAAGAUUCUGUGAGGAGAAGACCCUGUAAAUUGAGCCUGAUAUCUGGUAUAGACUUUACCAAAUAGCCUUAAACUGCAUUUGGAAGCAAAAACCAAGACGAAUGUAUAUCCUUCAAACAUGCAAAAAAAAAAGAAAAAAAAAAGAAAAAGGAGAUAAAAUAAUUUAAAAAAAUAAUAAAUCCCUGACAUAUUCUUCUAUAGAUGAAAACAUUGUAUUCCCCACUCCUUGUGGCUUCAAGGCAUUUUCUAUUAAGGAAAGAGCUAAAUCCUAGGUAGUGUACAAUACUGAUGCUACUGCCUAUAUUUGUCGUACUAUUUUAAGUACAAAAGUACCUGCAGACGUUGACAUCUUCAGUCUUGGAAACUGAUUUCAGAAGUGGAGCUGCUAGCUGCAAUUCCAAGAAAUUGAAAAUUGACAUACACAUACAUAUAUAGGCACACAGAUAUAUAUGUAUGGCAGCUGAUAGGUUUUAUCUAACUUUCCUGUACACUUCAAGGAGAAAUCAUUCUUGACUUACUCACUUGAAAACCCCCACCUACAGUGACAGGUCGUGCAAUUAAGACAGGUUGUAUUUAUAUCCUGCCAGUAAUCAGACUUUAUAAAGACAAGUUGUAAAAGCAAGAGAUUACAGUAAGCUUGAAUCCCAGCUGACCUAAUAAUGCUGACUUCGAGCAGUCUGUAUAAAUCUUUAAUCUUAGAAUCCUAUUUUGAUAGUUUUUUGAUACAUUAAAGCAUUAAGGGACAUUCUCAGGCAAAAACAGGCCUGUGUGAAUGUUGCCAACCCUGUAUUUUACAUUUCCCAUGCCAUUAUGAGAAAACAGUCAAUAUAAGCUUUGGAUAUCUAUGAGUUGUGUUUGUUCCACUUUUGUUCUAAAAGAAGGGACAAAAAAGGUAAGAAAGAGGAAAUAAUCAAAAGUAGAUGCCUAGAGAAAGAUCUGAUAAUCUGUUAUCUGUGCAUCUUACAUUUCAAGUGCAAUAUACUAAAUUAUUGUACAGGUAACAUUCUAUCAUUAGCGUCAAAUAAGCCAUUUCUAUUUGCAUACUGUAUAUCUGGUUAGUUUAGAGAGAGAAAUAACAUUAUGCUUAUCAUACCUGUGUUGCAAGGAAAUCAAAGUCAAAUUCCUACAGUCCCUGACAUGAGGAACACAGCAUGUGGUAUCUUAAUAAGCAUAUAGACAGAUCAAUUGUAAUCUGACUCCACAUCAGAAAAAUAAAACUCAGUUACAAAGGCAACGUAGGAGGAACAUAAAUAAACAUAGAGGCAGAAAGCAGAGCUCUCUGCUUAAAGGCUCCAAGGUGUAAACUCACACAGAACAGCUGGAUACAGCAGAAUAGGCUAGUGCUUAAUGAAAUACUGCUUGGACCAAUAGUUAUUUAAACAGAUGAAAAUGACAGAAAGUCUCACUGGCUGUAAAACACAAGUAUAAUAAAUAGAACUCUAAAAGUCUAAAUAAAGACCUGACUGGGAAAAUUGUUGAUAUCUUCCAUACGUAUGUUUGCUUUGUACAUUUUUUUACAUCAUAAAUUCUUUGUGAAUUGGUGAAGUACAUUAUGAGGUGUUUUAUUAUGUCAUGUUGACCUGAUCAGAACAGCCCUUAUGGAAUGUGCAAAGACAAAUAAUGUACAGAUUAAUACCAAAAAAAUGACAUUUUUAAUUCACACUUAAACUUGUCACUAUGUUAAAUUUGAGAUCAAUCAGGAAGGAACUGAAGCGUGUGUAGGAUGGUGUGUGGAUUUUAUAUAUAUACAUAGAUAUAUAUUUCAUAUCAUGGAAAUUAUUUGUUUUAAAAUAAUCCCAUAUCCUGCUGUAUCAGUAAAUUAGUAUUCUAGUUUGACCUUUUUCAGCAAUGCAUCUAGUAUGAAGUCAGAGAAUGUUUGGUCAUCGGGUGGUUUUGCAGGAACAAGAAAUAACUGCUUUGUGAUGCUGUGCCAUAUGUGAUCCACAAUCUACUUGUGCCCUGCUGACACGAUACCCUUCAGAGACCCCUGCCCCAUGGCACCUUUUGGCAGCACCAUCACUCUGCACCAGGUCCUCCCCAUGCAGCUCCACCCCGGCCCCCUUGCACCUAGAGCAGUGUGGAGUUAGCAUCCCUGGAGGUGUCUUUGCCAAACUUAAUGAUUCUGUGAUGCUGUAGUCCCUUUCAAAGCCUUGAGCCUGCCCUGGCCAGUUGGUGUGCUUACCGUCCUCCUUGGCCCUUCAGCAAUGUCUCCGGUGGCAGCGGAUACACUGGAGGCUAACCCACGUUGCUUUGAUGUCUGAAGCUGGUUUGGCAGUCCCGAGUGUCACACUGUGUACACUGAACAGCUGCAAAUCCUGCACAUCAGGAGCCUCGGCAUUAGACAGACAGGUUACAAUAAACACGAAGCAGCAUUGCUCCUUUUACUGCUCCCAGAGCAUCUUUAUGAUGUAGCGAUACCACCUGCAAAGUGCAUUCGAGGUGAGGAAUAUCAGCAAACCCCUUAAUGUCUAGAGAGGGGCUUCCUGCCAUAUGACAGGUUGAUGCUUACAUUUAUACAGUGCCUUUCAUCCAGAAGGACCUCCAAGCACUUUAGUAACCAACACACAAACUCCAGGCUGGGCAGCAGCCAGGGCAGGUUACCGUGCCCAUGGCCUGGUAAGCUGGCAUGGUGGGAUGCUGGGGAUUCUCUCUCCUAUCCCCAUACUGCCAGGGAGUUUCCUUCCACAACACCUUUCCAGUGCCCAGGAAGACUCUUAUGGUCCAAACCUGUGCUGUAGGAGAAUCAAAGACUCACUGAAGCAAGAAGACACAAGUGAAAUAGAGGCGAAGGCAAUGCUAAUACCAUCUCUCCAGAGUGCAGGCAGGAAUUGAAGAGCAUCAAGCUAAGUUUCCAGAAUAAUCUAUUAAUGAGGGUGGUGGUGAGGGUCCCUGCACUGGAGGAGCAAUCCUGCAAAAGUGCUGGUGGAGGGCCUUGGCCAGUGACAAGUGCAGGAGAUGAUGGUGCCUGCAGCCGAGCCCUCUUGGUUGGGGAUCUUGGUGAGUCUCUCCUUCACAAGUGCAUUCCCUCCCAGCUUUCUUAGCGGGAGAGUUCCAGCUGAGGCAGGUGCUGCAGAAGCAGCCUUCCCUUCUGGUGUAACUGCCAAGCACCUGGUUGUCCAACUGGGUCUGCCAAACUAAUGUGAAGGACAAGGUAGGUCACAGGACUCAGGCAUAAGGAUAGUGCUUUGCUUUGGGCAGCUGCUCAUUAUGGAGACUCAGCUCUGACUCCUAAGGGGUUUUUGUGUGGCAGAGCGAUGGGGAUGCUUCUCUGUAUUGGCAGGAUCAGCAGGCUAGAGGCAUCCAUUUUGUAAAGCUUGUAACAAAAGAGGACAUAUAUAUGUGGCAGAUGUUGGUGUCAUAGUCCCAGGUGGAGCCAAAAACCACAGUCAACACUUCCAUAGACCAUCUUGCAGUUCAGCCUCAGCACUGCUGGCCAUGGCAGGUUCACUGCCUAGUGCAGCCCAGUGGCCCAUCUGCAGCUAGUCACUGUGUUCCCCUCCAGGGACCAUCUUUUGAGAACAGCUGUUUUAUGGCAUGCUUAUAUGCAUAUACAGACUCCUGGCAGGAAUGAAGCCCUCUGUAUAUACAGAAAUUGCUUAAUUUAUCUCUGAAAUGCAGCUACCUCUAUGGUGUUCUACUGCAGCUGUUUAACUAUAUAAUAGGCUGUUCAGAAUGGCAAGUUUAAACCAAAAUUGAAAUGGAAGCGUGCCCAAAAGAGAAUUUGGCCAGCAUAUUUAGGCUCAUUCAGCUCCUCUUAACAAAAUAGAAUUCCAAUAGCUGCAAGAGACCAUGGCACUUGUUGUAUCCAAAAACUCUGCUCCAGAUCCCUUCUCACUAAAUGCACACUGCAUUCCAUCAAUGAUGGUCAUAAAAGAAGAUUGUCUGUUGACUGUCCCACCUUUCCACACAUGGAUGUUUCUCCUGUUACCCUUCUUUGCUGAAACAGAACCGAGCUUUUGAAGUCAGAUGGUAAAUAAUAUAAAUUAGUAUGUCUACGCAGCUUGCUCUCUAACUGAGCAAACACAGAGUGGCAAAUUAAUUGUCUAUUUUACUAAGGCCAAAUUGUUAUUUUUCUAAGUUGGUUUUGUUGGAUGGGAUUUUUUUACUUCUCUAGGACAAAACCAUGAAUAUUUGCACCUAAGCUUAAAUGAGGAGGAGGGUUAUUUGAAGAUAUGAUCACUAGUCACUAAAACAUCCCCUUAGUGAGGAAUGUUCUUCUCCUUCCUUUACUGUUCUUUCAUUCAGCACCACAUUUCUCAUUCCUAAAGCUGAACUGUCAUGCAAGUUUCUUAUUUGUGAGAUGAAUUACUGCAGGGCUCCAGGCUAAGUUCUUAUCCCAGUUGUAUUAGAAUCAAUGCUAAGAAAGUGAAAUUCAGAAGGAAAUGUCAGAUUCAGAUCAGUGUAAUUCAGAUCAAUAUCUGCCUUAGCAAGUCCUGCUGAGGUAGGAAGGACUUAACCGUUGGAGUCACUGAGUGCACAAUUACUUUGUAGGAUGUUGCUUUUCCUUUCAGGUAGGUCGCAAUCAAGCAGGUAAUAGGUUCAAUUCUCACUAAGAAUUGCUAGGUUUGUUUCUAAUUACCUGUGGAAUCCACAUGCACAUAUCCACACUUUGAUUUGUCUUUUGGAGGUAUAACAGUAUGGCCUUCUCAUUUUAAAAGGGCUUAGCAUGUUAUAUAUUCUUUAGUCCACUAUAUAUUUAAUUUCCUUAGUUAAGAAAAUUUCCCUUUCAAGUAGCCUGACUUAUACUGCUCUAGAACUGUUCUUUCCUGAAGAAAAGCCACUAUGACUGUACAGGGUUUUCUGUACAGAGACAAAACUCAUACUUUCAUUUACCAUGCAACAUGCCAAAAUAAUCAAGUGUGGCCUAAGGACUAAAUUAAAUGCCUCCUAUAGAAUUUCAAGGAAUGUUAGAACCAGGAAACUAGCUGUCUAGUUAUCAUUAAAAGUAUAUAUAAAUAUAUAUAAAUAUAUAUACAUAAGAAAUCAUAUCAACAAUGAGGAUGAACUGAGUGCCAAAUAUUCACCAUCUGUACAAAGCUACACUUCACUAGAAUUAAACUAUUUUAUGUAAUUCUCUUUCUCAUGCUUUUAUGGUUCUUUUGAUAAAUUCUAUUUAGUAGCAUGCAGGAUACCUAAAAUGAAUGUACAGUACGUUGUUUCACUGCUACAAUGAGUUCUUGCUUCUCAGUAAUAUCUUCUUUACCAGAAUGUUAUUUGUUACUUUGAAGACAUAUUUGAGAAUUGUUUUAUUAUUGAGUUAACCUUUUUCUUUUUCAUGGUUCUCUACUCACCUCCAGCUGAUUGUAAGAAAUGUGCUUCACUAUUUUGCCCCAUGGCUCUUUUCUGAAGCUGCCUCUUUCGAUUGGUUUAUGUAUUGUUUAUGUUCAUCUCCUGUAAAUAAUUCUGCAAUUAAAUUUUUUGAGAAAAAAAGA